CCCGUCCUGUUCUUCAGCAAAUUUGCAACCGGGUUUGCUUGCUUUUCAUUGCAAUCCUAGGUUAUUUAGGAAUAAAGUGGGGGGGAAGGGGGUUCUUCCACUAGCGCGCCUUUGUUCCCCGCCUGAAUUCCCAGAGGAAGGAAAAGCGCUCAGGCCUUACUCCGGAUCCGGAAGUGGUCCCCAAGAGAAUCUGGUCUUGGGGGAGCAAGAAGCAUCAGGACGCCCCCCUCGCCUUGCCGUAAGCAGAACCCCAAAGCUGGAUGUCUUCCUCCGCCUUUGCCGGAAGAGAUGGAGGGUCGGAAGUGAAUUAGAAUCAUCGGGGAAAGAGGAGAUGUCCUUGGAGCGGGAAGGGGCGAUGUCAGCCUUGGCGCUCCACAGAGUCAUCGUUGACUUGGACGUGAAGCCAGAAAUCAAGACGGAGAAGCAGGAGUUGGACCCUGAGAGACCAGCCUGUCUGGCUGGGCAGACCGAGACCAUCUUGGGCGAGUUGUCCCCCCCACUUCAGCACAUUAAGCAGGAGGCAGACGAGGGUCCGGUGUCGCAGCGGUGGGAAGUGCAAUGGCAGGACUUUCUCAACACGUCUGAGCUGCCAGAGACUGUGCUACAGCACAACGCCAAGGCUUGCCCGGCCGUUUUGGAAGGAGCAGCGGCCACGUCCGACUGGGCUAAAGCAGAGAAGGCCCCCAAACCUUCUCUGGGCAGCGGAGGCCUCAGGAUCCCAAGUGGAAGACACGAGGCGCAAAGCAGGGGCCCCGAGGCCGGCAGCUCUGAAGGCCAGCGCCAGCGCUUCCGGCAAUUCCACUACGGGGAGGCCGAGGGCCCCUGGGAGGCCUACUGCCAGCUCCGGAAAUUUUGCCACCAGUGGCUGAUGCCCGAGAGGCACACCAAGGAGGAGAUGCUGGAGCUGGUGAUCCUGGAGCAGUUCCUGGCCAUCCUGCCCCCGGAAAUGCUAAGCUGGAUCCGGGAACGGGAUUCCGAGAGCUGCUUCCAUGCGGUCGCCUUGGCGGAGCAUUUCCUCUUAAGGCAGCGGGAGGCGAAGAAGCCCGAUCAGCAGGUGGCAGGAAUGAAGCAAGAGGUGGGAGUGAAUUUCCCAGAGGGAAAAGAAACUUCUCUGGAUGUUACCCUCAGGCAGCUGUAUAGGGAGGUCAAGCAAGAGGAGGAUGGGAAUGCCAGCAUGGCAGAUGACGGACGGCAGAGAGACAACCGGGAGAUGGUGGCCGGGAGAGAAAACCUCCAGAGCUUAAAAGAGCCUGUUUUGAACCCAAGUGAGCCGACAGAAGACCCACCAGAGGAGCAGGAGACCGAACCUGUGGCUUUGCAGAGGAGAGACCCCUAUGAAACCAUCCUCAGGCAACCGAUUCCCAAAGGGAAGCGACCGAGUGACAAAUUGUUUCACAGCCUCAACAAGCAUCGCCACGCCCACACCGGCAAGGAGCUGUUCGAAUGCUCCGACUGCGGGAAGGUAUUUAUCUCCCGGGCGGGCUUCAUCAUGCACAUCAGAGUUCACGGCCGGGAGAAGCCCUACGAGUGCUCCGAUUGCGGGAAGCACUUCCGUCGCAGCUCACACCUGAACAGCCACAGCAAGAUCCACGCGGGGGUGAAGCCCUUCAAGUGCCUGGACUGCGGGAAGGGCUUCAGCCGCAGCUCCAACCUGAUUUCCCAUCAGCGCAUGCACACGGGGGAGAAGCCCUACAGCUGCGCCUCCUGCAGCAAGCAGUUCUGUGACAAAUCCAGCCUGGUCCGCCACGAACGCCUCCACACUGGCGACAAGCCCUACAAGUGCGCGGAGUGCGGGAAGAGCUUCAGCCAGAGCCACCACCUCAUCACCCACCAGAGGAGCCACACGGGUGAAAAGCCGUACAAGUGCCUGCUCUGCAGCAAAAGCUUCUGCGAUCGGUCCACGUACAUCCGGCACCAGAAGAACCACACGGGGGAGAAAACGUUCAAGUGCUUGGAGUGCGGUGAAAGCUUCAGCCGGAACAAGCACCUCGUCCGGCAUCGGAGCAUCCACACGGCCAGGGAGCUGUACACCUGCUCGGACUGCGGCGAGAGCUUUUCCCGGCGAUCCGGCUUGAAGAUGCAUCAGAAAAUCCACACGGGGGAGAAGCCAUACGAGUGCGCUGACUGUGGGAAGAAAUUCAACCGCAGCACCAACCUGAUCAGUCAUCAGAGGAUCCACACUGGAGAAAGACCGUACGGCUGCCCUGACUGCGGGAAGAGAUUCAAUCGGAGGACACACCUUGUCAGCCACCAGAGAAUCCACAGGCAGAAGAAGGAAAUGGCCGAAGGGCUGGGAGCAGUGGAUGAACUUCCCCCUGCGGAGUUCAGAGCAGCAGCUUACGUGCCCCCGCCGUUCAUCACAACCCUGUGAGACCCAUCCUUUCAUUUGGAAGGGAGACCUUUCCCCGUUUACCUCUUCAGGAUGAACAGAGCGUCGGGGUUACCGCAGAAUGUCAGAAAGGGGAUACGGAGGAAGCGUACAACUCUAGAGGGAGGCUCGGGUGGAGGGGACUGUGUCUCCCUCCCCACCUGACUCUCAUCCCCAAUUCCACACUUCCAGCCCUUUUGGCUAACAAUUGUACUCAGUUGUCUGAACCGUUUUCUGUUUCUGUAUGGAACGUUUGCUUUUUUUGUACGGAGGAAAUUGUACAACAUCCGCAACCGAAGUCCUGCGAUCCAUCAGUCGACUCAGGUUUUUGCUGAAGUUAACACCUCACAUGUCACUAACUCUCCCCUUCUCCCAUCUAGUCCCCCCUUCACCCAUGGGUUGGGGACCACAUUUGUUGAGAUCCACGGAGCACCAGCGUAAGCAUGUACACCUAUCCAUGGGCAGACCGGGCAGAGCCAGGAGAUGUCUCCUGAUUCUCCUCUUUCUUAGGGCCAGGGCAAAAUUCUGCCCCACACGUCUGAAUGGUUUUGGAUACGGAACAUCCUUCCUACAAGGAGCUCCCUUUCCUAGGCUUGAGUUAAGCUUGAUAGCGGGGGCAUCUCUAGUUGGAAAAACAGACUUCUUGGACAACCAGAAAGCUCCAGAUGAACAGACCACAGCAUUUUGGAUGGAGGGAGCCUCUAUGGCAGUGUUUCUCAA